GCAAUUAAAAAAAAGAUAAAAAGAUAUAAUUAAUUUACUUCAUAUUCAAGCAACUUUAUUCUCAAAAAAAGUGGAAAUUAGAUGAGUCAUAGUCUAGCUUAGAAGGCUAAUCAGAAUUACCAGAAGGAAUAUGCUAAAUUAAAACGAUAGUCGUUGAAUUAACUAACAUAUCCUAAGUAGGAUACUUUACAUACUGAAGAAGAUGUUAGGUAAAAUGACUAAAAUUAUUUUGAUAUUUAGAAAGAAGGAGUACCAGUAAAGCUAAAAAGAUCUUAAAAUUUUUAAAAAAACUUAUUAAAUGAUUAAUCAACAUCGCAAUAAAAACAAUUUUCUUAGAAUUAAACAAGUUAAGGAUUUCAAAAAAUAAAAAAUAUUUAAAAUCUUUUUUCUUAUGGUGAUAUUAGCUAAAGAAAGUCAUUAGAUUCAUUAUUAACUUAAAGAAUAUAUAAUUAGAAAUAAUAGGAAUCUAAUGAUCAAAAAUAAAUUUAUAAUAGAAGUAUUUUAUAAAAUCAGCUUGGUAAAUAAGCUCAAGAUAAAUUAAAAAUAAUUAUCUCUGAUUAAGGAGAUCAAGUUACUCCUGUUUCUAAUGCUUAUGGAUUUUAAACUGCCGUUUCAAGUUAAAAUAGUUAGGAUUAAUAAAAUAACUCUAAUUAAGGUAUAUCUACACCUAUAAAUGAAGAAUUAAAAGUAAAACCUAAAACAAAAUAAAUGACUAGGACUUCAUUCUAAGCUUAAGUACCUUAUUACUAGCAAAAAGCUGAGGAGAAAAAAGAGUUUAUAAAAUAAAAAAAUAAAGAAAAAAAAAUACAAUAUAAAAAUUUUAUUGAAUCAUUAGAAUCAAGAAAGUAAACAUUUACUAAAUUCAGUUUUAAAUCUUAUGAAAGAGAUGAUAAUCCAUUCUUGAAUCCUCUUAUAUAGAAAGUCAAUAAUCUAGAGCUUAAAGGUUCUAUGCAUGUUAUAGAUUUAUGGGAAGAUAAGGCAUUAAAAAAAUAUUUGAAUUAUUCUAACUUAAAAGACGGAAAGUAUAUGCUUAGAGGAAUAGCUUAGCAGAUUAACUAAGAUCAAUUACAAUAAAAAAAAGAUGUGCCUACCAUAUUUACUAAGAAGGAUGAGUUUAUAUUGCAAGGAAAGCUAUAAGAUAAGGAAUCAAUGAAUAACUAUAUCAAACAUAUUAAUGAAGAGUAUGUUAAAAACCAAAAGCUAUUAGACAUCAAAAUAUAAAAAAGUGGUUUAAGCUAAGCAAUUUCAAGAUAAUCUAUUAUAUUACCAGCUGAAACAAAUUUUUAACAAAUAUUACCAAGUAAGCGAAAUAGCUAAACUAAAAUAGAUUAGGAAAAGCAAUUUGAUGACAUCGAAUUUAUCAAAAACUUCUUCUAACGAACAUAAUCUUAAGCCUCUAUAUCAUCUCCUCAAAAAUUUUAAUCUUAGUUACUUUCUCCUAACAAAAUAUAUUAAAAUAAUAAGAUAAAAACAUCUCCUUCUGCUUCUCCAUAAAAGUAAGAAAAAAAACAUAUUUAAAAUUACUUUUUUCCUUCACAGACUUUGUAAUCCUAAGUCUUUGAAUAAUCUGCUGGAAAUUAGAGAAAUGAGGACUUUACAUAAUUAAGUGAUAUUAAGUCUCAGUUUUUACAAGUGCCUUCUAUGAAUUUUGAGUCUCCAAAUAAACAAAUCUCUAAGAAUAUUUUAUUCAAUUCGGAACCUUAACAAAAUAAAUUAGGCUAAGUCUAGAAUAACUCAUACAAUUAACUUUUUAGUCCAAAUAACAAACUUAUAAAUACUUCAGAUUUAAAUUCCACUAAUUUUUUAAGCUAAAUGAAAAAAAACGAAAACUCAAAAGUGUCUCAAUUCUCAUCAAGAAUCGAAAAAAGAGAAAAAUAAUUUACAAAAAUAGGAUCUGCCAAAUUAAAUAAUUUCAAGAACACUUUAAACAACCAAAAAAUACAUGUCGAUAAUUUUUAAUCAGGUAAUAAAAUACUUAAAACAGAAGAUCUGAACAUAAGUUAAAGAAACUCGUUUUAUAAUCCAAAACUAAAUGUAGAAAAUAAAAUGACAGAAUAAAUUGAAUAACAAAAGAUUCUGGAAAAAAUAAAUUCUAUGUUUAAGCAAAUUGAUUCUAUUCAAAAGUCUGAUUUAAAUCAAAAAAAGAAAAUAGAUGAUUUAAUAGAAAAAAUAUAAGACAGGGUAAUUGUUUCUAUUUAAAAUCAAAAGAAAAAAAUUUUAGAUAAUGAUCGUAUUAACAAUCUAUCAAAUGAUGCUCAAAAGUGA